CAAGUAAAACAUGGCGGACAACUUGACGAAAGAAGUAUUCGCGAGGUCUUGGAGUUAACCUUCCACUGUGAUGGCGCACAGCUCUGCUUCAAAAAGUGGUGACACCACACAGUCACCAGAAAGGGGAAGUAGAAUUGAGGGGAAAGUGUCUCCAGCCAUGGCAACAAAUGUGGAACGCGAACCAGAGAAAAGAGAGGAACAGUUCUUGGCAUCUGACAGCUUCUAUAGUAGAAUGGAAGCGAUGAUAAAGAAGGGUGACGUCGAAGCAAUUCUUGAAAAACAGAAAGAAACGCUCUCAAAGUUUGAGAAGACCAAUGCCAAAUUUGGAAAAUUCAAUGAUUUGUCUGCAGCCAGAUUUCUGAACUUAAACCACCAACUGAAGGGUCAUACCAAGAUGUUGAUAGAGAUGAAAAAAGAUUUGGAUUCAAUCUUCAGAAGAAUAAGAACAUUAAAGACUAAACUGACAAAGCAGUAUGGACCUGCUUUUGAAGCUAUCUCAGCUGGUAUACAAAAACUGGAGGAAGAACUUGGUGCUAGUAUUGGGAAUGAAGAUGCUUGUUCUGUUCACACUUUAACAGAAAGCAGUGAGUUUAAAUCAGACAAUCAGCUUUCAAACCAAAAGGAAGCAACUGGAGAAAAAAUUGUUCAACAGAGUGCUGAAGAAGGCACAUGUCAAAGUGGCAUAAGUCAGCCAGUACCCACUAGUCUUUUGAGAGAGGAAAGCAGUGAAGACCAGUGUACUGAUGAUAAAUCAACUAUGAACUCAAAUGUGCCUGUGGCAUCUACUAAUGCUGAGUCAAUGGACCGUAAGGAAAAUUAUCUUGGAUCAUCAUCAAAAAAUAAGACAGUUGAUACUGAGAGGACAGUCACUAAAGCACCUUACAGUGAGAGUAAGUUUUUUGAGGGAGCAUCAAGUGCUCAAAAAUUUAAAGACAUUACUGCAGCAGGUAAAGUGGACUUGCAUGAUUUCACCAGGCAAAAGGAAACUGGUGACUCUGAAGUUACAGGGAACAAGGACACAGGUGCAAUGAAAAAGAUUCUAAAUUUCAGCAGUAGAACAGAUACACCAGACAUAAGUGAUACAGAUAAGACACUAGACAUAGACCCUGGUGAAGACUUUAUUUGACAUUAUGUACUAAGUGCAGAUGAGAGGUGCGGCUUGCUACAAUGGUAAUAUGGUGCUGAAUAAUGAAUCAUGCUGUAAUCUUGUCGAACUUGAUGGUGGUAGUCCCAAAUAGCCCUCCAGUUGGGACAUACAACACCCCUUUCUUUUUUCAUAAAGAAAAGAGUAAAAGGAAGAAAAUUGCAUCUUGGAUGCCUGAUUGUUUUUUAAAA